GUACCCUGUGAUUCAGAACAGAAUGAGGUUUCAAAACUUAAUGGAAUAUAGUUCCGAUACCAACGGAGCCUCGCGAGCGGUCAGUCUUUGUCCGGUGUCCAGCUGUUGUUUUGUCCACCUUGAAGAUCUUUACCCGAUAGCCAAUGUCCGGAGUAUUGAUACCAGUCUAAAUGAUGAGCAAAACUACUUGACACAACCAAGCAUCUUGUUGAGUCAGCGACCGAAGGGAGAUAACCCGGAUACAGGAUCACAGAAUGGACGAUCCCAAGCUGAGAGUGGCCGACACACGUCUACUAUUGGCGCAAACUCGGACCAGAGGAGGAAAGCAAAUAUCCGUGAACGACGAAGGAUGCAAAAUUUAAAUGAGGCGUUUAAUUCAUUGAGGAGAGUAUUGCCGACAUUUACGUACGAGAAACGUCUAUCUCGAAUAGAAACGCUACGCCUGGCAAUUGUGUAUGUGGACUUCCUGACCAAAUUUAUCGGCGGUAACACUCCGUCUGACAUUCGCCUGGUUAAAUUCAGUACUAUUGGAAAUAUUCCUGAUAAGUGCAUAUGA